AUGGCCAUUUUGGAGAAACUCUCUGAAAAAGUCGGUCAAAGUGUUAACGUUGGAAGCCGACACACAAGCGAUGCCUGUAGUAGCAGGCCCGCCAGCGUUAGCACCAUUGAUUUCGACGACAGCAAAGGCUGUGAGGACGCCACCCUGUCACUGCCUCUUGAUAUGAAGGUGCCUUCGAUACACGACCGUUACGAAAUAGGGGAAUACGAUGUGUCAUUGGUGUUCUGCGCUUUUCAAGUUGUAUCGCAGAACAACUAUAAUACUUUGCACAUUGGAACCUCUAUUUCAUCGAUACUUCUGAUACAGAGGAAUCGAUUCUACGAGAGGCUCGUUGGCGUUGGCGGUCCCAGUCACUUCCACACCAUCCGAGCGUUGCUUUUCCCAAACUCGACUUCUCUCGCCAUACACGCGAAACCGCCUCCAACAGCAUACUAUCGAAAUGCUAAUGAUGUUGGAUUCGUGGUGCUCCUUGACAAAUGGAACAAGAUAUUCGAUGAUACCCAAGAAGAGUAUCUUGUGGGUGCUCACGGUAUGAAUUUCGAUCAAGCACCACGGGUUGUUUUAUUAAUCCAAACGUCCACUACCUGGUUAAAGAAUCCUGUUGAUCUUGAGGUGUCAUUAAAGAAGAUUAUCAAGAAUAUAAAACUGAACAAGAUGGCUCGAACGGAUGCGAUCAUUGAUUGA